AUGGGCCAAGCCAAGUCUAAGCCAGCUCGUCAAGCAGGCGCAGCUGCGUCAUCGGCUGCGUCCGCGCGUGCUCCCGCUGCAUCUACACCAUUGCCGAAAGCCAGUCGGGCAGCGCCUCCCCCUGGCCAGGGAUCGAGCUUUGAAAAGAGCCAAGCGAUUCUUGAUGACGCUCGCGACCCGCAAUUCCUGCGCAAUCUAGACGCGAUCGGACCUUUGCAGGUGAAAACACGGACGGUCCCCGUGCAAGGGUCUAGCACGAUGCUCAAUAUCAUGCAGGUUCGAGCGCAGCAGGAGCCAGACGACACGGACAAACGCACGGUGACGCCUGGUCUCUCUGCCUCGGAAGCCGUUCGCUUGCUGUGUGAGUACCAGGACCACCCGACCGAAGCCACGUUGGAGCGACUUGCCGUCGAAUACGAUGUGGACAAGGCGACGCUAUCACGGGUCGUAAAGCAUGUUCGUGCCUCGGAAGAACAGCCGCUCGUCUAA